GGCGGGAGUUUUGAUGUUGCAGACAGGAUGUUUCACAGUGUCAAGAGCACGUGGGAAUCGGCAUCAAGGGACAACAUGAGUGAUGUUAGGGAACUCAUCCCUGAAUUCUUCUACUUGCCAGAGUUCCUAACCAAUGCAAAUCACUUUGAACUUGGCUGCAUGCAGGAUGGAACAGUGCUGGGAGAUGUGCAGCUUCCUCCUUGGGCAGAUGGAGACCCCCAUAAAUUCAUUCUCCUACACAGACAGGCACUGGAAAGUGACUAUGUCAGUGCACACCUCCAUCACUGGAUAGAUCUGGUUUUUGGCUACAAGCAACACGGCUCAGCUGCAGUGGAGGCAGUUAACACAUAUCACCCUUACUUUUAUGGAGACAAGAUGGACCUCAACAACAUUAAAGAUCCUUUGAUUAAGAGCACCAUCCUGGGUUUUAUCAGCAACUUUGGACAGAUACCAAAGCAGCUGUGGCAUCAAUUCUGGGUUCUGCUCCUUCGUUCAUCAGGAAAAGAGACUGUGCUGUCCCUUCACUCAAGUGGAAUUCUUCCUCCUUUUAUGAGCAGCCUGCAAAAUCUGAAGUUCUCACCAGUUACAAUAAAAGACUAUCCCAAGGGAGCUGUUGGGCACAUUGUUUAUAGUGAGAAAGGCAUUCUGGCUGUCGAAAAAAAUAAAAUUUUGAUUCCUCCUCUGUGGAGCAAAACAUUCUGCUGGGGAUUUGAGGACUUCACCUGCUGCUUUGGCAACUAUGGGUCUGAGAAGAACGUGACUACAUUUGAGUGCAUGGCAGACUGGGGAAAGUGCCUGUGCGCUGUGUGUCCUUCAGCAACUACCAUAAUCACAUCUGGAACAAGCUCGGUUGUGUGUGUCUGGGAACUUUCCUUGGUCAAGGACAAAGUGAAAUGUCUAAACUUGAGACAGGCUUUGUAUGGGCACACUCAGGCAGUGACCUGCCUUGCUGCAUCUGUGACCUACAGCAUCUUUGUGAGUGGAUCUGAUGACAGAACUUGCAUCAUUUGGGACCUGAACCAGCUGACGUACAUAAACCAGCUUCCUGCCCACGAGGCAAGCCUCUGUUCUGUUGCCAUCAACAAUUCAACAGGUGAUAUUAUCUCUUGUGCUGGAUCUUACCUAUAUCUGUGGACAGUCAAUGGCCAACUUCUUGUGAGUAUUAACACCACCUGCAGCCCCGAAUGCCAUAUUGUUUGCUGCUGCUUUGCUGAAGUGAUGAACUGGGACACACGCAGCAUCAUCAUCACAGGAAGCACAGAUGGAGUGGUGAGGCUGUGGAAGACCAAAUAUACCACUACCCCAGACCAAGCUGCUGGACUGAGCCUGCAGAGAGGCACAAUGGGAGAGCCAGGCAAGAUGG